GAUCAACUGAACCUAGAACAUAGAUACAGAGACACUUGUCAUCAGGAAGGUGCUCUCUCAGCACAACGGACAAUAUCUCAAUGACUUGACAUGUUCUGGUUGUGAAUUCAGGCUACAAGGGGUUUGUGCUCUAAAAUGAGUCUCUCUGGGGAGAAAGAGGAGGAAGGCCCUGCCUCUAAAAGGAUUAUCUUUGGGGAACAUGGCACCAAAUCUAAGAGGGGUUUGUGCUCUAAAAUGAGUCUCUCUGGGGAGAAAGAGGAGGAAGGCCCUGCCUCUAAAAGGAUUAUCUUUGGGGAACAUGGCACCAAAUCUAAGAGGGGUUUGUGCUCUAAAAUGAGUCUCUCUGGGGAGAAAGAGGAGGAAGGCCCUGCCUCUAAAAGGAUUAUCUUUGGGGAACAUGGCACCAAAUCUAAGAGGGGUUUGUGCUCUAAAAUGAGUCUCUCUGGGGAGAAAGAGGAGGAAGGCCCUGCCUCUAAAAGGAUUAUCUUUGGGGAACAUGGCACCAAAUCUAAGAGGGGUUUGUGCUCUAAAAUGAGUCUCUCUGGGGAGAAAGAGGAGGAAGGCCCUGCCUCUAAAAGGAUUAUCUUUGGGGAACAUGGCACCAAAUCUAAGAGCCCAAUCAAGCAGGAGAGACCAGCCUCCCCUGUACCCAGCUGUGUGUCCAUGAAGAGUGACCGGUCUAUGAAUUCUCCUCUAAAGUUUAGAGAGGGAGACGUUUCUACUGAAAAAAGAAACCAACAGGAGAGAUCAGAGUCAGAGAUUCUCAGUGGUCAGACUUCCCAGAGUCAUCAAACAGACCUGGACUCCAUAUUCAGUAUGCUUGAAGAGAAAAUUAUGACAUUUGUGAAGAACGAGCUGAAGAUGUUCAAGAGGAUUCUUAGUCCAGAACUCCCAGAAGGCUUUGAGAGUCAGAAGCAGGAAAGGGAAGUGGUGGAUGCUGAAGAUGAGAAGCAGGAGAGCAGUGCCAGAGAUGGGGCUCUGAAGAUCACACUGCACGUCCUGAGGAAAAUGAACCAGAAAGAGCUUGCUGAAACACUGGAGAAAUAUUCAGAAGAGCUCGCUGUGAUUUGCCAACGUGAACUUAAAUCUAGUCUAAAGAAGAAAUUUCAAUGUGUAUUUGAGGGGAUCGCUAAACAAGGAAACCCAACACUUCUCAAUAAGAUCUACACAGAGCUCUACAUCACAGAGGGUGGAACAGGAGAGGUCAAUAAUGAACAUGAGCUGAGACAGAUUGAGACAACAACCAGGAAACAAGCAAGACCAGAGACUGCAAUCAAAUAUAGCGACAUCUUCAAACCCUUAACUGGACAAGACAAACAUGUCAGAAUUGUGCUGACAAAGGGAGUCGCUGGCAUUGGAAAAACAGUCUCUGUGCAGAAGUUCAUUCUGGACUGGGCUGAAGGAAAAGCAAAUCAGGAUGUCAAAUUUGUAUUUUCAUUCCCUUUUCGGGAGCUGAAUUUGAUGAAAGGGGAAAACACUUUGAUUGAACUUCUUAAUCACUUCUCAAUGGACACCAAAAAAUCCAGAAUCUCAAACUACGACAAAUACAAAGUUCUGUUCAUUUUUGAUGGUCUGGAUGAGUGCCGACUGCCCCUAGACUUCCAGAAGAACAAGUUCUGUUGUGACGUCACAGAGUCAACCUCAAUUGAUGUUCUGCUGACAAAUCUCAUCAAGGGAAAUCUGCUUCCCUCUGCUCUCCUCUGGAUAACUACCCGACCUGCAGCAGCCAAUAAGAUCCCUUCAGGGUGUGUUGACCAGGUGACAGAGGUACGGUUCAAUGACCCACAAAAGGAGGAGUACUUCAGGAAGAGAUUCAGUGAUGAGGACCUGGCCAGCAGAAUCAUCUCACACAUAAAGACAUCAAGGAGCCUCCACAUCAUGUGCCACAUUCCAGUCUUCUGUUGGAUUUCUGCAACAGUCCUUGAACACAUGCUAAAACAUAAGAGAGAAGAGAUGCCCAAGACUCUGACUGAGAUGUACACACACCUUGUGGUGUUUCAUACCAAACAGAAGAAUGAAAAGUAUCUUGGGAAAGAAGAGACAGGUUCACACUGGAAUAAAGAGAGCAUUCUGUCACUGGGAAAACUGGCUUUUCAACAGCUUAUGAAUGGCAAUCUGAUUUUCUAUGAAGAAGACCUGAAAGAGGCUGGCAUUGAUGUCAAUGAAGCCUCAGUGUACUCAGGAUUGUGCACACAGAUCUUUAAAGAGGAAUGUGUACUGUACCAGGACAAGGUGUACUGCUUUGUUCAUCUGAGCAUUCAGGAGUUUCUGGCUGCUGUAUAUGUGUUCCUCUCAUUCAUCAACAACCAUGAGAAUCUAAUGGACAAACUGCAAACAAAAGACGAGCAUGAAGAGACUGUCUACAAGAGUGCUGUGGAUAAAGCCUUACAAAGUGAGACGGGAAACCUGGACCUUUUCCUCCGCUUCCUUCUGGGCCUCUCACUGGAGUCCAAUCAGAAGCACUUACAAGGUCUACUGACAAAGACAGGAAGCAGCUCACAGAACCAUGAAGAAACAGUGAAGUACAUCAAGAAGAAGAUCAGGGAGAAUCCCUCUCCAGAGAGGUGCAUCAAUCUGUUUCACUGUCUGAAUGAACUGAAUGACCAUUCUCUAGUGGAGGAGAUCCAAAGCUACCUGAGAUCAGGAAGUCUCCCAGAAGCCAAACUUUCACCUGCACAGUGGUCAGCUCUGGUCUUUGUGUUGCUGACUUCAGAAAAGGAGCUGGAUGUGUUUGACCUGAAGAAAUACUCCAGAUCAGAGGAAGGUCUUCUGAGGCUGCUGCCAGUGGUCAAAGCCUCCAGAGCUGUUCUGCUGUCAGACUGUGGAGUCACAGAGGAAGGCUGUGCUUCUCUGGUCUCAGCUCUGAGGUCAAACCCCUCACACCUGAGAGAGCUGGAUCUGAGUAACAAUGACCUGAAGGAUUCAGGAGUGAAGCUGCUCUCUGCUGGACUGGGGAAUCCCCACUGUAAACUGGAGACUCUGAGGCUGUCACACUGUUUAGUCACAGAUGAAGGAUGUGCUUCUCUGGCCUCAGCUCUGGAGUCAAACCCCUCACAUCUGAGAGAGCUGGACCUGAGCUACAAUCACCCAGGAGACUCAGGAGUCAGACUGCUCUCUGCUGGACUGGAGGAUCCACAAUGCAGGCUGGAGAAACUCAACGUGGAACAUGGAGGAGAGUACACAAUGAAACCUGGGCUUAGAAAAUAUGUCUGUGAUCUCACACUCGACCCAAACACAGUAAACAGACUCCUCUCUCUGUCUGAGGAGAACAGAAAGGUGACAUGUAGGAGAGAGGAGCAGCUGUAUCCUGAUCACCCAGAGAGAUUUGAGAAUUGGAGACAGGUGCUGUGUAGAGAGGGUCUGACUGGGCGCUGUUACUGGGAGGUAGAGUGGAAUGGGAGUGGGGUUGGAUUCGGAGUGACAUAUAAAGGAAUCAGCAGGAAAGGAGAGGGUAAUGACCGGGGGCUUGGAUACAAUGUCAAGUCCUGGAGUCUGGUCUGCUAUGACAACAGUUACAUGGCCAGGCACAAUGAUAAACCCACUACCAUAGACGUCCCCUCCUCCGGCUCCCACAGAGUAGGAGUGUAUCUGGACUGGCCAGCCGGCACUCUGUCCUUCUAUAGAGCCUCCUCUGACACACUGACCCACCUGUACACUUUCACCUCCACAUUCACUGAGCCCCUCUAUCCAGGGUUUAAUGUUUCGUAUGACUCCUCAGUGUCUCUGUGUCAGGUGGUCACAACAUGACGUUUCGCUCUAAUCAUGUGUUUUAUGUUUGAUCAGACAUUUAAAUACAUGGUGUAACACACACACACCAGUUUGAGACAAUUUAUUCCUGUUAAUAAUAACCACUCUGUGUAGGAAUCUUUGUGAUCCGCGUCUUGUGAGAAUGGUUCAGACCGUUCUUACUCACACUGGACACACACACACACACACACACACACACACACACACACACACACACUGGACACAACCCUGACGUCCUCACACCUUCUCACUGUCCAUGUCUGCUUUUAGCUCCCACCUUUAAUUCACUGUGUCAUAAUGGACCUUUUGCUUGGUAUGUCACCUCUGUAACCAGCUAUCAAACAUACUGACCUUUCUGACCCUGUCCCAUGGCCCUACUUUCUAGAACUAAACAUUUAAAGUCCUCUGAGUUUUGUUUAGUGUCCACUGACUUAUUGAUUGAUGUAUUUGUUGUAUAUUGGGGUUGUGCCCCAGAGCACACAUUUGUAUGUGUUGAGAUGAUCACUUUCCAGAUAAAUGGUUGAACUGA